AGUUGUACUAGUUCAUUCUUGAGAGAGGAAAAACAACAAAAUUUCAAAGUUCAAAGGGCUCAAACUCAGAAAUUGAACGCGCGAUCGAGGUCUCCUUGCACUCUUUGUAUAUGUAUCUUCUGUAUGUUGCACCCUAGAAUUCGAUAUGUUGAACCUUUAAUUGGCUGAGGGCUCGUAAAAGACAGAAGAUGGAUAAUGAAACUGGAAGAACAGAAGAGGCAGAUUCAUCUGAAACAAAUUGCAUAGAAGAAGCACAAGUAGGGAUGGUAUUCGAAUCAGAAGAAGUAGCUAGAGCGUUUUAUAAUGUAUACGCCAUGCGUAUGGGCUUUACAACCCGCGUUCUUUCGUCGCGCAAAUCAGAACGCGAUGGAUCGCUUAUUUCUCGUGGACUUGGAUGCCGAAUGUCUCCUCCUCGUCCUCCUUCUCCUUCUGAUAAUCAAAAUUCAGAUAAAGUUGCAGCAAAACAUCAACGCGAUCACAAGAGAGAUCUUUGUACGGCUAUGAUUCUAAUCAAGAGAGAAAAGCCUGGGAGAUGGGUGGUUGCAAGAUUUGUGAAGGAACACAACCAUUCCUUGGUUGCUUCUUUGCCUUCAGGAUGUCCACCUCCUGAUUGGAAGGAUAGAAAAAUUCAAGAGCUAACAACAGAACUACGAGCCAAGAAGAAGUUAAGUGCAGCAUACCGAGAUCAAUUACUUUCUCUUGUGAAUGAUGUCGAAAACCAGAAUGGACAUUUAUCUAAACGAAUUCAUCUUGUUCUUAAGAAUCUCACCGAACUUGAAGCUAAAAGAAAAUCGCUACCCAAGGAAAUCUAAUGGAAAUCCGUCUUGUGUUGAAAAGCCUUGUCAAGAGACAAAUGAAAUGAAGCCUUGGGAAAAGAUUACUUGUUAAAUGUCUGUAGAAAAUGUAGUAGUUGGAGUAAAUAUAUAGUAGUUAAUGUGGUGUUGGAUAACACAACUUGAUUAAAUGUUAUUUGAAUUAAAUUUAUUUAAAACUUAUAAUUAUUUUAACAUAGUUCAAAUGCAGAUAA